UAUUUCAGCAGUAAAAAUUAUGGCUGCAAACGAUAUUUCUCAUGAAAUAUUGGCCAUCAUUCAAGGAAUCCCAACAGGUGCCACGAAUGAUGAUCUAGUCAAGGGCUUAUCUGAUGUGCCAGCUCAAGCCCGACUAGAUGGUUUGAAUAAGCUACUCCAACAGGGUACAAUCGAGUUACUAAAGAAGGGUGAUAGACUCAUAUAUCGCGCAAAGGAUCCGAAAAAGAGCGCACUGCCAAAAGAUGCUGACAACGAGGAGAAAAUUAUAUAUGGAAUUAUUGAGGAAGGCGGCAAUAAGGGCAUUUGGAUACGCGACAUACGCAUGCAGUCGAAUCUGAAUAUGACACAGUUAAAUAAGAUUCUGAAAAACUUGGAAACAAAAAAGCUGAUCAAGGCAGUUAAAUCAGUUAAUGCAAGUAAAAAGAAAGUUUAUAUGCUGUAUAACUUGGAACCAGAUCGCUCAGUAACUGGAGGCGCCUGGUAUCAGGAUCAAGAUUUUGAAGCUGAGUUCGUGGAUGUGCUCAAUCAGCAAUGCUUAAGGUUUCUGCAGAUGACACGUGAAAAUGCUGAAAAGAAGCGUGAAGGGCCCCUACCCCUAAAACGGUUGUCCUGUUGCACUGUCAAGGAGGUGCAUAAGUUCAUCUCAGACUUGGGUAUAAGUAAGGUCCACCUAGACGAGGAUGAUUUGGAAACAAUAUUGAAAACUGUCGUUUACGAUGGCAAUGCGGAGCGUAUUAUGAUGCAGAAUGGUUCUUAUGUCUAUCGUGCUAUCAACGCACCUCUGGCUGCUCCCGGACUAGUACAAAUGCCAUGUGGUAUUUGUCCAGUCAUUCGGAAUUGCUCGAAAUGUGGUGAUGUGACUCCAAAUAAAUGCGUUUAUAUGGCCGAAUGGCUAGAUUGAA